AUGGCAAAACUAUCAUUUAUCCUGAUUGGUGGGAGGUCAAUAAGGAAACGAGAAGCCGAAGAAGUUAAAAGUUACAAUGAUGAGAGACGAGACAACGCCACAACAAGCGUCAAUAACCAGAGGGGAUUGUGGUCUGAUGUUGAAGAAGGGGGUGAGACAAUAUUUCCUACAGCCAAGGGAAAUAUUAGUGUUGUGCCAUGGUGGAAUGAAUUGUCUGAUUAUGGUGUAUGCCUUGUAAUUACGGGGAACAAAUGGUCAUUUACAAAGCGGAUGCAUGUUGAAGAAUACAAGGUUUAA